UUUUUCUUUUCAGAUUUUUGACCUUAUUAUUUAUAAAUGCCUCAGUUGAUUAUUAAUGGAAUUCCAAUUCAAUUUCCAUUUGAGCCAUAUGAGGUCCAAAGAAACUACAUGACCAAAGUCAUUGAAUGCCUUCAAAUGAACAGCAAUGGUGCCCUCGAGUCACCCACAGGCACAGGCAAGACCUUGUGUCUGCUGUGUGCAUCACUGGGCUGGCUGGAGCAUCACAAAGCUCAGAUGCAAGCCAGCAUGAAUGCCAUGUCCAUGGACACAGUUUCAAGUUUUGAUUCAGCAAGUUCCAAUAAUAUUGGUUCACUGCCUGGCAGUAGCUUUGGGCUAUUUAGAGGCUUGCCAAAGAUCAUCUAUGCCUCACGCACUCACUCCCAGCUUUCUCAAGCCAUAUCCGAGCUCAAGAGAACAGCUUACAAGUAUGUCAAGGUGGCAGUGCUUGGCUCCAGAGACCAGCUGUGCAUCCACCCUGAGGUGUCAAAGGAGCAGAACAACAGCACAAAACUGCACAUGUGUCAAGUUCGGGUCAAGUCCAAGACGUGUUACUUCCAUAACCAGGUGGAAGGCAAGAAGGAUGACCCCGCGCUCAGAAGUGAAGUGAUGGACAUUGAAGACCUGGUGCUGUAUGGCAAGCGCCGCACUUGCUGCCCUUACUACCUCACUAGAGAGCUUCGUCACGACGCUGACAUCAUCUUCAUGCCCUACAACUACCUGCUCGAUCCUCGCACGAGAAUGGCUCACGGCCUCGAACUUCACGGCUACGUAGUUAUACUUGAUGAAGCGCACAAUGUGGAGAAAAUGUGUGAAGAAGCUGCCUCCCUUCAGCUCCGGUCUACUGACAUCGCUCUUUGUAUUGAUGAGGUCACCCAGGUGAUGCAGAGACUGCAGGAGAGCGGAGGAGACCAGGAAGCGUUCGCCGCUAAUGAUCCUGGAGCAGACGUGCCUCAGGACUUCACGAUGGACGAACUUUAUUUAUUAAAAGCUGUCUUCUUGAAGUUUGAAGAGGUCGUGGACGCCACUCCCCUGUCAAAGGAAGGAGCGAGUCACCCCGGCAGUUUCAUGUUCGACCUUCUGCAGCAGGCCGAGAUAACGCCUCAUAAGAAGGCUAUCAUCUGCGACCUGCUAGAUAAACUUGUGACCUACCUGACCAGCAACAGCAGCUCGCCGUUCCAGCGCAAGGGCGCAGGUCUUCAGAAGUUCUCUGAGCUCAUCAAGAUUGUCUUCAGCAAAGACAACUUCUCGCUCGCGCACAUGGAGGCCAUCAAAACUAGUUACAGAGUUCACGUGGCAGUCGAAGAAGUAAAGAAGCGGCAAGCAGGUGGCUGGGGCAGUAAAGCUAACGGCAGUAACUUCAGCCGAGAUGGAAGUAAUCAUGACAGUAACAGCGGUGCUGGGCAGAGCAACACACUUACUUCCAAGCAAGGCCGUGUUCUUUCUUACUGGUGCUUCAAUCCAGGGUUUGGCAUGAAGGAGAUGGUGGAGCAAGGCAUACGCUGCGUCAUCAUCACCAGCGGCACGCUCAGUCCUCUGCAAUCCUUCACUCAGGAGCUCCAGGUUGGGUUCCCGGUGCAGUUGGAAAACUCGCACAUCAUCAAAGGCCAUCAAGUGUUCGUGGGCGUCGUGAACAGAGGACCUGAUGGUUGUACUCUGAACUCCUCCUACCAGAACAGAUCUCGCCCUGAAUACCUGAACUCCAUGGGCAACCUCAUCCUGAACUUCAGCAGGGUCAUCCCAGGAGGGCUGCUGGUCUUCUUCCCCUCCUACCCCAUCCUUAAGAACUGCCACGAACACUGGCAGAUCAAUGGCGUCUGGGAUAAAAUAACAAAUAUCAAGCCUGCGUUCAUCGAGCCCCAGAACAAGGACGGCUUCCUGUCCACCAUCACCGAGUUCUAUGAGAAGGUCAACGACCCAGCGCUACGGGGUGCCAUCUUUAUGGCCGUGUGUAGAGGGAAGGUUUCCGAAGGAUUGGAUUUUGCGGACGGCAACGGACGAGCGGUGAUCGUAACGGGACUUCCUUAUCCUCCGUACAAGGAUCCUAGGGUCGUCCUCAAGCAGCAGUACCUCAACAACGUCCUAGCUAAGAAUAAAAGAGGCCAGUCAGGCCAGGCGUGGUACAAACUCGAGGCCUCACGCGCCGUCAACCAGGCCAUCGGCCGCGUCAUCCGCCACAAGGAUGACUACGGGGCCAUCCUGCUGGCUGACUGCCGCUUCGGUAUGGGGAACUUCAGCCACCAGCUCAGUAAAUGGGUUCAACCUCACCUCAAAAUCUACCCUGACUUUGCGCCCACUAUGAGGGACCUCACAAGAUUCUUCCGAACUGCCUCACAACUUUGUCCAAAGCCGCAGCAAAAACUUACGUACAACGGAAAGCAGUUGCCGGGGGCGAGAAAAAAUCAAUCCUCUACAGGAGAAUAUUUGCCUAUGCCUAUGGCGCCCGUGGGCAGCUCAGCUUUAAGUCAAGCUCCUUCAAGGAUAAUUCUCAGACAAACCACGGAAUUUAUGAGUGGCAACAACAAAUCAACAGAAUUUAUGAGUGUCAAUAACAAAACUACGGAGUUUUCAAAAGUUGAGCCUGUCCCUCCAAGAGCUUUUGGCGGCCAUCGAAGUCUUUUUCCGCAAGUCCAAAAUUCUCGGGCGGAACCCAAGAGUAUUUUUGAUGCCCUAACAAGUGAUGCUGGAUCACCAUCGGAUAAUAAAACAGAUGAUUCUGAUGCAAAUGAUUCUAUUGCCAAUGAUUCAGCGCGAAAACGAAGUCGAAACUUCCCCGGCAGCUUUGAUGUUCUGGACUUCAAUUCUUUAGGCUGUGAAACUUCAGAAUCCUCGAGCUCGUCUUCCAGGUACGAAAACCUGUCCAGCGUAACAAAGAAACGUAAAAUUAAAGUCACUGCAAACAUUAAUAAGUCACAAGACGAUCAAAAUUGUCCUCCAACCAACGCUGCUCAAAACGAUGCCCAAACUCGGCCUCCGGGACCCAAAAAUGGCGAAGAAAAACACGAGAAACUCAAAAAAAUUGCCGCCUACGUACGGGAGGUGAAAGCCUGCCUCCCACACGACAGCUACCGGGAGUUCUCUGCUGCAGUGAAGCUAUACCAGACGACCAAGCGAUACCAGGACCUUAAACUGAUCUUCUUGAGACUCUUCGCCCACCCUGACCACCACCUUCUACUUAGACGCUUCGCUCCGUUCCUGGACUCGGAGUUCCGAGCGGACUUCUUGGCUUCAUGUGAUCAGCUUACGAAUGGUUAACUCGUUAUCAAGUUAAUCAUUUACCCGGACCAAUUAACCUGCUGCCAAGAUCAUUAGUUUUUAUCAACCUAGUUUAUUUUGUACAAUUUUAUUAUCAAUUUGACAUAUCAGCUAAGGAUUUAUUCGUAUUAUGAGCUGUCUUUUUUUUUUUUUUUUUUUAACUGAUGGGAAACCAGCCUCAGUUGACCGGAUUGUUUGGUUGCCGGUGAUAUGGUAAUGAUAAUAUUGCUAGUUAUAUUAUUACCGGUAGAUAACUGCGACAUUAAACUGUUGAAAUGAAAAAUAAUUAAAUGAAAUGCCUGCACAAGAACCUUUCUCUGCGUUUUUUUUUUUGCAAAAAAACAAGGACUUGAAAAUAACAUCAUGAGUUUUCAUGAUUACACUGAAAUAAUGAAGAUUUUUUUGAAUUCAUUUUACUGAUUUCUGUUGAAACCGCAAAUUGUAUGCUCGACGUUCGCAGCUCUAAAACUACAUUGUGUCAUGCCGCUUUAUUUUAUUGUUUAUAACGUGUAAUUGCCUGGCUGCUCUUGACGAGUUUUCACCCGGGCUGUUUAUCAAAAUUAUAAUUUUGUCAUGUUGCUCAAAUGAUUUUCAAUAUUUG